AUGGAGAACUCCUGGGUGGUCAAAAUUGAUGCUGACCAAGAUGAGACUAUUCUCGUAAAAGUCUCACCCGUACAUGGCAAAACGCCGCUGGACCUGGAUUUACUCGCUACAAACGGCGACAGAGUGUUCGAGGGCAAGGUGAGAAGUCGAAGUUUGGACAAGCUGCGUGCCAACGCAUAUCGUGGGCCCGGCGAGGAAUGGGAGUCCAUCUUGGAGCACGUCCUAGUCGACGGAAAGACCGCCAGCUUAGAUGCUGCAGUACGGCAAAGCUUACAGGACAUUACCCAACAGCUAGGGUCUAUAGAUCUUGCACAUACCGAGGAUGAUUCCGGUGUGGACUUAUGGGCCUGGGCUAACCAGCUAGCCGACCAACGCGACGAGGCCCGGACCAAGGUAGCGUCACAAGGAGAACAAGCUGGGACCGAAGCCAGACAUUUGAAUGCACUUCAGAAACAGCUCGACGAUCUCACUAAGUCCAAGGCCGAGCACGAGAAGGAAUUGAUGGCUAAGUUUGCCAUGUUGCUCAACGAGAAGAAAUUCGAGCUCCACCGCCUACAACGCGUCCUUGCGUCGGCACAAGUCGAUCCAAAGCAGCUCGAAGCGCUCCAGAAUCAGAAAUCAGGUAGCAAGCGCGAGAAGAAGCGUGCUGCUGCGGAGACUAGUGAGGAUGAGUCAGACGCAUUCGAGGACCAGGCCAUGGAUGUCGACAAAGCCAAUCAAAGUGGCAGCGAAGAAGCUGCGCAGGCCACAGACGACGGCGGCAGCACCACGGACGAGGACGUCGAUCUUGAUCCCCCUGCGACUUCUCAGACGGAGCCCGCCCGAAAGAUCACAACUUCGGCGCACAACGGCAAGGGCAAAGAACCAGCCACGUUACCGCCAACCAGAGAUCUGCCCUUCAGUCGCAGAAACCAAGCCUCUCCGAAGGAGAAAGAGCCGGCCAAACCUCCAGCACAGGUCGAUAACGGCGACGAGGAAACUGAGAGCGAAGCUGAUGAGUUAUGA